AUGGUGAGAAAAACAAUUAUUGUCACCGGUGCUUACGGUGGUAUAGGAAGAGCAAUAUGUGAGAUUUUAGCAAAAGAUCAUAAUAAUCAAAUAAUAUUAACUGGUCGAAAUCAACGAGAUUUACAAACAACAGUUGAACAUAUUCAAUCAACAACAAAGAAUCCAUCAAUACAAGCAUAUGUUGUUGAUUUUUCAUCAAAAGAUUCGAUUGAAAAAUUUGCAUCGCAAUUAAAUGAUCAACCAGUUGAUGUAUUAAUUAAUAAUCAUGCAACAGGACCUAAAAAACGUGAAGUUAAUCAAAAUGGAAUUGAAUUACAAUUUGCAACAAAUGUUUUAGGAUAUAUUUGGAUGAUAAAUUCAUUGGAAAAAAAUCUUAAGAAAUGUUCACCACAUGCACGUAUUGUUAAUGUUGCAAGUUAUUGGGCAGGUGGUCUUGAUAUAGAUGAUCUUGAAUUUAAAAAACGUUCGUAUACAACCGAUGCUGCUUAUCGACAAGCUAAACAAGCAAAUCGAAUGUUAACAUUAGCAUAUGCAGAAAAAUUUAAAAAUGAUGGAAUAACGGUUAAUGUUUGUCAUCCAGGUGAUUCAAAUACAAAAUUAAGUAAUUCAAUGGGUUUUGGUGGUCAUGAAACACCUGAAGAAAGUGCAAAAACACCAGUUUAUUUAGCUAUAUCUAAUGAUGUUGCGAAUAUAACAGGAAAAUAUUUUCGAGAUUGUCAUGUAGAAGAUGAUUCGUUCAUGAAAGAUAAAGAUUUAAUUAAAAAACUAUAUAAUAUAUGUCAACAAUAUUAA